AUGUGGCCUCAUCAAGGAAAACCUACAGCCGGGGCUUGGAGGAACUUGGACAUAUCAUCCCAAUCUACUACCAUUGUCCAUCAAAUAUUUGGAGGCUUUCUGAGAUCCAGAGUCAUCUGCUUCAGCUGCAAAGCCAUUUCUGAUUCCUAUGAGGCCUUCCUGGAUGUCCCUUUGGAUAUCAAAGCAGCCUCAUCCCUCACUGCAGCUCUGGAGGACUUUGUAACACCUGAGCACCUGGAUGGUGAAAACUGCUUUAAAUGUAGCAAGUGUGAGAAGAAUGUUGCCGCCACUAAGAGGUUCACUGUCCACCGUGCACCCAAGGUUCUCACUGUGUGUCUGAAGAGGUUUGACUGCUUCACUGGUGGGAAGAUCAGCAAGGUUGUAGAGUAUCCGGAGUACUUGGAUCUUCGCCCAUACAUGUCUCAGGCAGAUGGAGAAGCACUCCUCUACUCCUUAUAUGCUGUCCUGGUGCACAGUGGUGUCAGCUGUCAUGGAGGACACUAUUUCUGCUACACAAAGGCCAGCAAUGGAUUGUGGUACCGGAUGGACGAUGAAUCUGUGGAGCUGUGUUCCAUUGACACAGUUCUCAGGCAGCAAGCCUACCUGCUGUUCUAUGCCAGAUGCUCGGAUCUGAGAAUUGGAGAAAGGGCUUCUUCCUCACUGGCACCAUCACAUGCCCCUUCCUUCCUCAGUCAGUGUGUGGCCAGCAGCAAGCAGGCGGGCUCUGUUGGACCACAGGGUCUGACUGGUAGGACUAAGGGCAUGAAGGACACUGGCAGGGAGCGGUCCCGGAGCAGAUCCCCUCUGUGGGGCAGGGAUCUCCGCAGCUGGUCUGUGGACACCACAGACUAUGAUGACUCUUCAGAGAGAAGAACUGGUCCUCCAAGUCGUGACCGUGGUCCUAGGGAUAGCACAGCUGCAAGGCCUUCCAAGAGGAUCUGCCGGUGGGCUCCCGCUCCCAGGGCUGCUCAGGAGCAAACCUUGCUGAGGCAGAGGGAGCCAAGCAGAUCUGUGCGGGGAACUUACAACCUUUGCAGGAAGGACACUGGCAGGGAGCGGUCCCGGAGCAGAUCCCCUCUGUGGGGCAGGGAUCUCCGCAGCUGGUCUGUGGACACCACAGACUAUGAUGACUCUUCAGAGAGAAGAACUGGUCCUCCAAGUCGUGACCGUGGUCCUAGGGAUAGCACAGCUGCAAGGCCUUCCAAGAGGAUCUGCCGGUGGGCUCCCGCUCCCAGGGCUGCUCAGGAGCAAACCUUGCUGAGGCAGAGGGAGCCAAGCAGAUCUGUGCGGGGAACUUACAACCUUUGCAGGAAGGACACUGGCAGGGAGCGGUCCCGGAGCAGAUCCCCUCUGUGGGGCAGGGAUCUCCGCAGCUGGUCUGUGGACACCACAGACUAUGAUGACUCUUCAGAGAGAAGAACUGGUCCUCCAAGUCGUGACCGUGGUCCUAGGGAUAGCACAGCUGCAAGGCCUUCCAAGAGGAUCUGCCGGUGGGCUCCCGCUCCCAGGGCUGCUCAGGAGCAAACCUUGCUGAGGCAGAGGGAGCCAAGCAGAUCUGUGCAGGGAACUUACAACCUUCGCAGCCGGUUUGUGCCGUACACAGACUAUGACCGCUCACUGCGGAAGAGAAAGAGGGAGAGAACAAGUCCUCCACGUUGUGACCAAGUCUUAGUGAAUACUGCAGUUCCAGGGCCCUCCAAAGCCAGCUCCAAGCAGGCUCUCAUGCUCCGGGCUGCUCAGGAGCAAACCCGACAGAGGCAGAGAGAGCAGAGAAGAUCAACAUGGCGGGGCUAUGAUUGCCACAGCCAGUUUGGGCAGUACACAGACUACCGCCCUUCAGAGAAGAAGAGGAGGGUUUCCACGCCCCAGAGAUUCACGUCAGACAAGCAUUCAGGGCACUCUGGCAAUGAUGGCAUUGGAUUAUGGCCCUGGCUCAAGCAGAACGGAAGACUAGCACUGCGUUUAUUAGCCAAGGCAUCCUUGUUUUCGACACGCCUACUCAAACCUGAGUGA